UCUGUUGACUGAAAGGUCGAGUGCAGUUUGAGUGAUAACAGAGAUAAAAAUAAAUACUGCUUUGUAAGGGCACUACCUCGGGCACUGUGGCACAGCCUCGCAGCGCUGUGGCGUGUCAGCUGCCCCGGGAAUGUCGCUCCCCAGCGGGGAGCCCCGCUCCCAGGAGGAGCCCCCGGCGGAGGAGGAAGCGGCGGCGUCGCCCCCCGGCUCUGAUCCCGCUCCUCUUCCCGCUGCUCCUCCCGCCGCUGCCGGCGCCGUGCGCGGGGCGGGGCGGCGCUGCUCGGGCCCGGAGCGGCCCCCGGAGCCGGCGGCGGGAGCGAUGGCCGCGGCCGACCGGGAGCUGCGCGUUCCCUUCAUCCAAGCGGAGGAGGCGGGGGCGGGGGCGGCCGGCGGCGGGCGGCGCUGCGGGCGCUGCGCGGCCGGGCCGGCGCUGCGCUGGUGCAUCUCCGGGACGCUCUGCGCCUCCUUCCUGGGGCUGGGGUUGAGCAUCGCGGUGCUGGGUCCCACCUUCCCCACCCUGGCCGCCAAUGUCGGCAAGAACGUCAGCGACAUCUACUACAUCUUCGUGGGCCGGUCCCUGGGCUCCCUGGGCGGGUCGGUGGUCGGCGGGGUGCUCCUCGACUGCAUGAACGCCUCUCUGCUGCUCGCCUUAUCCAUGCUUGGAACAAUGUCUGGUCUUUAUGCGAUACCCUGGUGCAAGGAAUCCCUGCUAUUGACAAUCUUGAUGUCAGUCAUUGGAGGUUCCAUUGGAAUUCUGGACACAGGUGGCAAUGUACUGGCACUGUAUACCUGGGGAUCAGAGGCUGGGCCACACUUGCAGGCUUUGCACUUCAGUUUUGCUGUUGGUGCAUUUCUGGCUCCUAUCGUGGCUCAAAUGGACUCGAGGAGUUCUGAACCUGAAGAACUUGCAGGGGCUGAAAAGACAAACCAGUCUGUCCUCAAGUCGGUGCCGACAGCGUCAGCUGCAUCAACUACACCAGCACUGAAUGACCAUCACAAUGAAGGCUUUUUGUGGUCCUAUAUUUUCAUAGGGACCUAUAUUCUCUUUGUUUCCUUCUUCUUUUUUGUUUUGUAUUCAAAGAGCAGCUCAGCUAGAGACAAAGCAAAGGCUCCUGUGCAGGACAGACUUGCCAAAUACCACUGGCCUAUAGUUGGUCUCCUGUUUGUAUUCUUCUUUUUCUAUGUGGGAGCUGAGGUCACUUAUGGCUCCUACGUAUUUACUUAUGCAAUGGUCUUUACCGAGAUGACGGAAAGUCAAGCGGCUGCUUUGAAUUCUAUCUUCUGGGGCAUGUUUGCCGUGUGCAGAGGAGCGGCAAUAUUCGGUGCUGCUUUACUGUCCCCUGACACCAUGAUCGUGGUGAGCCUCCUGUGCUCUGCUGCCUCCUCGACAGCCCUGGCCUUCUUCGCGCAUUACCGAGCCGCGCUGUGGGUGGGAACUGCCGUGUACGGAGCAUCCAUGGCCACCAUCUUCCCCAGCGGCAUUGCCUGGAUAGAGCAGUACACGGCUGUGGAAGGAAAAACGGCGUCUCUGUUUGUGGUGGGUGCGGCGCUGGGCGAAAUGUGCAUUCCUGUCGCGGUGGGAUAUCUCCAAGGCAGAUACCACCACGUUCCUGUCGUUAUGUACACUGUCUUUGUCAUUUCCAUAGUGACAGUCCUGCUCUUCCCUGCCAUGUACAAACUGGCCAACUGGCCCCAGCAGUGGGACUUGCAAGAAGUGAGUGACAGGGAGACCCGGAAAACUUUGUUGUCGAACUCGAGGCUUACUGAGGACGAGGAGGAGGAGGAGCAUGUGAGAGAGCGGAAUGAUGCAGACUUUGAAGUAAUAGAAAUUAAUGACAAGCAAAAAAACUCUCUGACAGACACCUCCUGUAGGAUACCAGGGGAUUCUCCAGCUGAAAUCUCUCUCCAGCCUCAUCUGGAUGAUGCAUUGGGCAAUUCUCCAGUGAUUGCUGAUGGCUCCCCUGGGAAACAAAAUGGGAGUGUUGACUGGGAGAAGAGUGAAUAGUCAAAGCUUUUUUUAAAAUGGAAAUGCAGUUGAAUUGUAGCUAUUGUCAAGUGGUUCAGGUAUCCUUUCGUAGUGGUGCAGAGCUCAGCAUGUUGAUUUUCCCAAUUCUUUCUCCUCUUUCAUUUUCAGCCUGCAGGGAUAUAUGUCUUGGAUUGGAAGGUUGUCAGUGAUGUGAAAGGGGCAACAUGAUAAAUGUUUGGCUAUGCCAAAACUGUUAAAAUGUAUGAGAUGUUCUCUAAAAUAUGAGGCAUGCAUCCAAGGAAGAGAUACUGUAAUAACUGGGAAAGAAGGGGACUACUCAGACUACUCAGUUUUUUGAGGUGGGUGAAAGGUGCGGGUCUGAGAUGCUUUGUCACAAAAUGGUUUCAUGAGAGAAGAGACAUUUGUUACCAGUAGUAAGGUUUCCUGUGCCAAGACUUAACAGGGCAAUGUGUUACAAUGAAGAUUUGAGAAGGAGAGGAAUUAUCAAUGAGACAAUUCUUUCUCUGGCUACUUGCUCCUGGCCAGUUGGAUUGGUGACAUUUGGGUUUUUUCUUUGUGGGAUGACAUGGAGAUGGACUCUCCAUAAUGGACUUCUCCCUAGUGGAGAAGUAGUGGUUGUAUGUGAAGGUUCAUUGCUGCUAAGCAGGAAGCCCUGAGGCGGUGCAGCCAUGCCAGGGAGCCCUCCCAGUAAGAGGGAAAAAAAAAAAAAAAAAAGGGGGGGGAAAAAAAAAAGUAGCAGCAAAUGGCAAAAUCUGUCUCUGAACAGUAAUCUUCCCAUUUGUCAGCUUGGAACUCCAAAUCAGUUAAGUAUUUUUUAAGACUGUGUGAUAAGAAUGUACUCUUGUUUGGGGUCUUUAACUUUGCAUUUUUAUUAGUAUUUUUCUUGCUAGGAGGUUUCAUUUAAUAAAAAAAGGGCUCUAGGUGUAACAGCACAGUGCCAUGUUAGAUGCUCCCUGGAUUUCCACGUCUGCUUUUGUUUUCUCUCUUGUCCUACAAGUAUGCAACCUAGGCAUGAAUGGCUUUUUCUUUUCUUCUGAGAAGUUAGUAAGAAGCCAGAAUCAACUUGUAAUGAAAGUAUUUUUGUUAAUAUCUUGCCAUGUUGCAGAGCCUCCCUCUCCUUCUGCUGCUGGCACUUAAAUGCCACUGUGUUUUUGAUGGAUUCCUUCUGUGGCAUCUUUUCCCAGUGCACUGCAUGAACCUGCACUUUAGAAUGAAGCCUUGUGUCACUUGUGGCACAAGGGUUCAGUUUGCUUACAGGAAUGGUCCUCCUGCACGCUGCUCCAUGUGUGUGGGAGGCAGGGGUUGUCAGCUGAUGGUGAGGACAAAUCCCACUGGUGGAGGGAGGGAGAAGGUGCAGGACGCACAGUGAAAGGAUGGAAACUGUUCUGUGGCAGCUCCCUGCUGGAGCUGCCAUCCCCCUGCCUUCACCUGGGUUGAUGUUGCUAUAGGAAAGUUUCCCCAUACCCAAGAUCAUGGUGCCAGAAGAAAAUUAUUUAAAGAAAGAUACUGGGCAACCAGGAAGAUUCUAAACUCCCCCAAUUCAUAUGCUAAGUUUUGAUGAAAUUCCAGAUCGGAAUGUCCUACAUACAAGACUGUUCUCAGGGAUAGUUUACAUGGAUAGUAUACUUUGUAUCAUUUGCAUAAUCAAGUACUAAAAAACCACAGAAAAUUAUAUCAAAGCUGCAUUGGGAAAUAUGCUGUAACCUCUUAGAAGCUUAUCUACUGCAUAUAUACAGACAUUUAUUUGUGUUUCUGACCAGCAUUGUCACAGCAAAUAUAAAAAUGUUGCACAAAACAAAUAUUUAAUUUUUUUUACUGCCUGUAUUAACUCCUGUGUGAAUAACUUCAAUUCAUACUCAUUUUCUCCUUAAAAAUCAAGAGGCCUGCUUUUUACAUUUCCUGUGUAGUAGGAAUGGAGCAACAGGCUGGAAUGCCAAGGUAAGAGCAGCCUUUUCCACAAAUAAAGGAUCCAGAAAGCAGUGGCUGUAUGACAGUGGAAGCUGAAGAAUUAUCUAUGCAGAGUCACUUUCCAGGCCUGCCUAAAUUUAGAGUCAUCUUAAUGAGGACUUGGAGCCUUCAGUUGCUUUAGUUCUGGUCUUAAACUUAAACUGGGAUAGAUGGACAGACCAUCUUGCUUUUAAUAGCAGGAGCUGCCCUUGACUGAAAAUGAAAUGCUUGAAGCAAUUUAAGUUUAAAACAAGAUCUAGUACAUUUCCAAGGAUGAGUCCAGCUCAUACCAGUUCUAGGUUGGCCAAGGCUUAGCUCCCUGCUCUUGGAUUUUGGUGUUCUUCAAGGCUUGUUUUCAGACAAUGAAUAUCAGUUUUCAAAUGUUUAUAUUUCCUUUCAAAGCAAAUUGCUUCCUGGCAUAUACAGCUGAAGUGGGGAUCUAUUUACAAUGCAGAUCUAUUUUAAGUUACAGGUUGUCCAGAAAGCUCAAGAACUUACAUGUUGGGGGUUGAAAUUACUUGGCUGUAUUACAUUACUAUUGCCCUGCUUAUGCUAGAAAAGCCAUUCCUCUGUUGAGGAUAGGAAUUUUAAUCCAUGAAUUAGAUACCUGAAUUUGAUAAGAAUCCUAUUUGGUCCACAAACCCAGGAAUAGUUUGAGUGCUCUGCUCCAGUGUGAAAGGUAACCUCUUGCAGCUAAGUGUCAUUUAUACUUUAUUUAUCCUGAGACACUGCCAAGUACUGGACUGUACUACAAGCACUUAAUCCUAGCAUUUGCACUUUUAUUCUGUACGUGACCAAUGUUUGAAUGCAAGACCAAGUAAAGUUUUAUGCCUUGAUGUUUUGGUUUUUUAAGAGUUAUUUUACAUACAAGUGCAUCACAAUCUGGGGAUUUUCUAUUAUAUAUGUAAUAGUUUUUAUUCUGCUUGGUGUGGGUUUUACAUUGUACUGUGUAAUGUGAUAUUUCAUAGACUGACUGGUGUCUUGACUGUAAUAAAUUCUUAUCUGGAAAAGGCACUCAGGUUCCUUGGUGUAAAUAAAGUUUUCUUCUAGUUUUCA